AUGACAGUGAACGCGGACGUCCCAGCAACUGACCCCGUAAUUUAUGCUUCUUACGCAGCACAAUGGGCCACACUCCCUGACACCGCCGAGGCUUGGCUCGCUAGAGCGCGCGAGGUUGCUGAAGUUUUGGCACAAGAUGCGGCCCAGAGAGAUCAGGAGAAUAAAUCCCCACGUGCUGAGAUUGCACUUCUCAAGCAUUCGGGUUUGCUGAAGCUUCUGGGACCUAAGAAAUAUGGGGGUGGUGAGCAGCCGUGGAGUGUUGGGUACCAGGCGAUCAGAGAAGUCGCCAAGACAGAUGGUUCCAUUGGCAUGUUGCUCGGCUACCAUUUGCUGUGGUCGACUACUGCAAACGUUGUUGGGACCCCAGAACAAAUCGAACGUACCCACGAAUUGAUCAUCUCGAACAACUACUUUGUCGGUGGUGCGGUCAAUCCACGGGAUAGUGAUCUAAAGAUCACAUCGGAUGGCGACCACAUUGUUUUCAAUGGAGCCAAACACUUCAACACUGGCGGCGUUGUAUCCGACUUGACCGUCCUGGAGGGUGUUCUGGAGGGCACCGAGGGCCACAUCUUCGCUCUUGUCGCAACCCGACAGCCUGGAAUUACAUUUGCCCACAACUGGCAUAACAUUGGCUUGCGCUUGACAGAAUCCGGCGGAGUCAAGAUCGAGAAUAUCCGUGUGCCAUGGAGAGACGCACUAGGCUGGGAUGAAACCACCAAGCAGCCGCGUGAGGAUAUUCUGCUCGCUCCGUUCGCCACUUUGCUUCUCCCAACUAUCCAAUUAGUCUUCAGCAACUUCUACCUUGGCAUUGCUAUCGGGGCUCUGGAAUUCGCAUCCAAAUACACAAAAAAUGGCACCCGUCCUUGGCCCUUCGGCGGCGACAACAAGGAGUCCGCAACCGAUGAGUUCUACAUUCUCGAGCGAUACGGUAACUUCUUCGCACACCUCCGGGCUACGGAGACGCUGGCCGAUCGUGCAGGCGAACAGCUCUCUGAAUUAUACAUCCGCCAUGGAGCCAAUCGGUCCGCUCUGACUGCAGAGGAACGCGGCGAGGCUGCGGAGUGGGUUGCGAGCGUUAAGGUCGUCACUACCGACGUUGGGCUUCGAGUUACAUCUGGAGUGUUUGAGGUGACCGGUGCCCGGGCAACGGCAUUGAGAGUGGGACUCGAUCGGUUCUGGCGGGAUAUUCGAACGCACACAUUGCAUGACCCUGUGGCGUACAAGAACCGAGAAUUGGGUCGGUUUGUUCUUCUGCGGGAAUACCCCGCGCCGACUUGGUACACGUAG